UUCAACAAAAAUAAAUGGGUGUAAUUAAAGAAAAAUCUUUGAAAGUUGAGACAGGCAAAACUGUCGAAACUUAUCGUGUUUACAAACGUCGAUGGUUUAUUCUUUUUAUAUUUUUUGUACUGUAUUUUGUGGGCUCUAUACAAUGGAUCCAAUAUACAAUAAUUGAAGAUGUCGUUAUGGACUAUUAUGGUGUUAGUGCAAGUACGGUUAAUUUAACAUCGGUUAUAUUUUUGUUAACGUAUUUGCCAUUAAUUUUUCCUGUUUCAUAUGUUAUUAAGAAAAAGGGUAUCAGAUUUUCUAUGAUUAUUGCGGUGACUGGGCACUGCAUUGGAUCAUGGAUAAAAUUAUUUUCCACACACCAAACGGGUUUUUGGAUUGGAUUUGUAGGCCAAACACUUGUUGCUGUGACUCAGGUAUUUGUCGUAAGUAUGCCACCAAAAUUGGCUGGCAUUUGGUUUGACAGCACUCAGAUGAGUACAGCAUGCACAAUUGCGUUUUAUGGAUCUCCAAUGGGUAUUGCUAUGGGAUAUUUAAUUACACCCAUGAUUGUUAAACAAGAACCUGAGAGUGUCGAAGAAACUGGAAAUGAUUUGUUUCUUUUAUUUCUAAUUAUUGCUAUAGCCACUACAGUCGUGACCGUUUUAAUAUUUGUGUCUUUUCAAGAAGCACCACCUGUUCCUCCAAGCGAGGCACAAAACACGCAAACACAAGAAAGCUCGAAUACAUUACAAUCUUAUAAAAAUUUGUUAACGAAUGGGCCUUUCAUGACUUUAUUGUGUGCAUAUGGUUUAAAUAUAGGUGUUUACAAUGCUACGAGUACACUGUUUAAUCCAAUUAUUUUGGAACAUUUUGAGGAUGGUGGGCCAUUUGCUGGUCAUAUUGGAGUAGUAUUCAUAUUCUCUGGAAUUUUUAGCACAGUUUUAUUUGGAGUGAUUUUAGAUAAAACGAAAAGAUUUAAAGAAACAUCGUUGGGUGCUUACGCAAUGACAACAGUAGGAAUGUUAGCCUUUACAUUUGCAGUGACCUCCGAACAUAAACUUCUAAUUUACUUAGCAACUUUUUUACUAGGCUUUUUUGCAAAUGGUUACAUUCCGGUAGCAUAUGAAACGGGAGUUGAACUAACAUACCCUGAGAGUGAAUUUAAUUCAACUGGUGUUUUAAGUACUGGAUCGCAUACAAUGGGCGGCUUAUUUACAAUAUUUUUUACUUUUAUACUAACAAAAACUAACAGCUUUUGGACAAAUAUGGGUAUGGUGGCAUUUUUAAUAAUUGGAUUAAUUCUUACUAUAUGUACACCUAAUAUUCGUAAACGGCAAGAUGCUUUAGAACAACAUCUAAUUAAUGUAAAUCUCGAAAAAAAACUUGAAAAGUUUUAAUUUCAAAUAUUGUUCACAGCUUUUUAGUUGAUUUAAUUUUUUGCAUGUUCACAUUCGAAAGGUGUCCCUUACAAAGGAUCAAGAGCUUGCCGUUUAAUAUUAAAUAAAAAAAUAAAAUAAUGUUACCAGGUUUUCACUUUGCUCUUGAUCCAUAUUAACAGGCGUCUUUUGAAUAUAAUAAUGGGAACAAACAGGAAUUCGAAACAUUUUUGAAGUUUUUACUUAAACCAAACUAUAUUGGGUAUUUGUGUGAUAUUGAUAUCCGUCAAUUUAUCGCUAUUUAACUUCAACACCAAUUGUUAAAUCUUGUCUUUAUUCUCUAUAUAAUAUUAUAAUAUUAUCCACAAUUGUUUCAAAAGACCUUUCCAAGAUUCUAAGACGCAAAUUAUCAUUA